AUGGUGGUCGUAUUCGGUCUUCCGCUGUUUGCCAUUGUUCCUCUCGUCUCCUCUCUGUUUGUUUUGGUCGUCAUUAUUCGGCGAUGCUUUUUCCAUCCUCUGUCAAGCUACCCCGGACCGUGGCUUGGGAAGUUCAGCGAUCUCACGGCAAUACUCGCCAUUUUCAGACGACGGAGGGCAUUCAAACAAUAUGAACUCCUACAGAAAUACGGCAGCCCGGUCCGCAUGGGCACGAACACUCUUUUGUUCUCGGAUAUGGAGACCUUUGCGCAGAUAUACGGCCAGAGUUCUGUGCCGUGCUUGAAAGACCCAGAGGCUUAUGAUGGCUUGUCAGCCACGGGAGAAGUCAAUGUUUUGAAUGUGACAGACCGACAUCAGCAUGCACGAUUACGUCGGUUGAUAUCUCACAGCUUUUCAGUAAAGAGCCUUCUCGAAACCGAAGAGUUUCUUACCGAAAAGAUCGACCAGUACGUCUCGAUCUUUGAAGGCAGAGACGGGCAAAGUGUGAAUAUUCUCGAGAGAACUUACGAGUUGUUUCUGGAUAUUGUGAGCCAGCUGAGCUUCGGAGAGUCCUUCGACUGCCUCAGUGGCAAGACUCCGACUGCACAUCGUGACGUUCAAGCAUUCUUCAUGGUUGUCCCCGCCAUGGCAAUGGCUCCCAUUCUCCGUUACCUCCCAAUCAAGGCUUUUCGCGAAGGUCUCAAGGGACUUGGUAGGCUUCAAGAAUUCAGUAGAGCCCAUGUGGCUGCUUAUCUGGCCCGGUCUGCAGAAAAGCCUAAUUUCGGGCCAAAAGGAAGGUUCCUGCAGAAUCUUGCGUUGUCUGUGGAUGCUGAGACUGGGACGAAAUUGACACAGGAGGAGCUCGUCGAAAAUGCGAUUAUCUUCCUCACUGCUGGCUCUGGAACCACGGCGGCAACUGUCAUCUAUCUCAUCUGGGAAUGUGGAAGACAUCCUGAGGAUAAAGAGAAACUCAUUGAUGAGAUAAGGGCAAGAUUUCCCGAUCCCUCGGUGCAGCCUUCCUACGACGAAGCAUCGAGGCUGCCAUUUCUAAACUGCGUAAUCGAAGAAGUGCUUCGCCUUCGAGGGCCGCUCAACUCCGGCGCUCCUAGAGUAUCACCUGGAAAAGUAAUUGGAAGCAAAUGGGUGCCAGAGGGCACUAAAGUCGAGACCAGCAGCUAUGCGACAGCUCGAGACCCAUCCGUGUUCCCUGACCCUCUGAGAUUCAAGCCAUCACGCUGGGAGAAUGCAACGGAAGAGAUGAGGCAGAUGUCUCGACCAUUUAGUUACGGACCUCGAAAUUGCGUCGGGCGGCAUCUCGCGGAGAUAGGACUCGUGUUGACCGUAACGCGCCUCUAUCAGCGUUACGAUGUUAUCCCUGACUUGAGUAUCCCAGCGGAAGAUAUGAGACAGCUCGACUUUGGUGUUCUGGAGCCCGCAUGUGCGAACUUCUACGUUACGCCGCUCAAAGCCACGAAAUAG